CCACAGAAACUCUAAAGUAGAUCUGAACAGACUGCCACUUUGAGAAUGGAGAUGACCAUGUGUUUUCCUCUGUUGCUGCUGAUCUGCUCUCUCUCUACGGCUCAGCUUCAGUCUGACAAUGAAAUUGUUCCACAUCAUGCUGAAUCCCAGGGAGGAGAACCAACAAAUGUGUCUGAGCACCAACAGACCUGUCCUCAAGACAUCCACGCUGUGCUGAGAGAGAUGAGCGCCUCUUUGGCUGAACAGAGGGUGGAGAUGAGGCACCUUCAGAGAGAGAAUGAAGUACAAGCAGCAGAGCUGAUCACUGUGAAAGCCAGGUCAUAUGUCACAGAAAACCAGGUGGAGGCUCUGAAGAGAGACGCAGAAGUCAAACAGGUGGCUUUCUCAGCCUCUCUGUAUUCAGGCUCAGGAACAACUUUCGGACCAUUUUACACUUACACUAAUCUGGUCUUCAGAUACAUCUUCUCAAACAUUGGGAAUGCCUACAACCCAAACACAGGUUCUUUUAUUGCACCAGUGAGAGGAUCCUACCACUUUGAGUUCUACAUUGGUGCUAACGGACAUUCUUCACAUCCUUCAGCUGCUGCGUUGUUCAAGAACAGAGAGAGAGUUUGUACUGCAUGGGAACAUCAGCCUUCAGGUUACGGAACAUCUGCAAAUGGUGCCACGCUGCUUCUAGAGGUCGGAGAUGUUGUGUUUUUGCGUUUGAUCGAAAACUCAAGGAUAUAUGACAGUGACAAUCAUUAUAGUACCUUUAGUGGUCAUCUGCUUUUCACCAUGUAAAACGGAAAACAUUUUCCUGCUAUAAAAGUAUAUCAGUACUUUUUUUUACUUGAUUAUUAAAUCUGAUUGACCAUGCUGCACAGCAACAACAAUAUUUUGACGAGAAAAGUCUCAUGAAAUUAUCAAUCUCUCUCUUGGUUUGCAGGAGAAAAGGGUCUCUCUUUUACUGCUAAUUCUGUGCUGUUUUUUUUAUAUGUUCAUUAGAAACAUCAAUGAUCUUGUGCUGUUGAUGUGAGGGGGAAAUAUCCUUUGAUUCAGUUUUUUUUAUAAGUAUAUAAUUAUCUCAACAUAUAAGAGUACUGCAUUACUACCAGAACAAUUACAUUCUCUGACAGUAUUGGUACUAUACAUCAACGACAAAGCUUCACAGUAAAAACCUUUUAUACACUUUAAAUAUGUUAUUUUCAAGGUACUCUUAUAUUUGAAUAAAAGCAAAGACAUACUGUAUGACUGCAAAACUAUCUACUUUGUAUGCUUUAUCUGCUUGGGAAUAAGAAAUACAAAAUUAACCAAAGGUUUUGUUAUGGUGUAACAACAGAUAACCCACUGAUCAUAUACAGUGCAUGUAUAUAAUUGUAAUAUAGUAACCAUGUUAUUAAAAAACACAGUAAUCAAGUUGAAACAGACGGAUGUUUAACUCCAGGACAACAAACACACAGGACAAACUGCAUUACUUCCAAACAAACUGUGAAACUGAGAUGUUGUAAACAUAUUUUCUGUCAGCAACUCGGUGAAAACAGAACUACAUUGUAAAGCGAGGCCUUUAGGGAACCAAUUUGAACACAGAUGGCAUCAUUAUUCAACAGUCAAUACAUUUUUCAAUCAACAUACUUCAUAAAGAUAAGU